AUGAAAGAGAUAGAUGAAAAUUCAAGAACGUGGUCUGGAACACGUAAUAUGAAAGACUUUGAAAUAUCUUCAGAAAUUAGGGAAGAGAAAAAAAAUAGGAGCCAACAAAAACACUCAAAAAGAAUAAAGAGUUGCCUGAAUUACUUGCUAGUCGCAGCAGCUACUGCAAUUGCUUUGAUUUUAAUCUUUAUAAUUUUAGAUAGAAAUGGAAGGAACCCUGUACUAGUUUAUUUCCAAGGGAUAUUUCCUUCAAAAACUGGAGAAGAAGGGGAAUUUUUCAGAUCAAAUUUACAAGAAGUAGCAGAUACUCACAGCUUUAUGGAAAAAGGUGUGAAUUCCAGAUACCAUAAUAGUUCUGGAAGCAGUGAUCAACUUGGUUUGAAAUCAGAUUCUGGUCAUUAUCAAUCAGUAUUAGAGUUAUAUAUGAAUAGGCUCUUUGUUACUCCUUUAAAUAAGAUGAGUUUGACUAUCCCAGUUAAUGAUCAGAUACUCAGAAGUUAUCAAGUUGAAGCAAUAGAUUACUCAAUAGAUGACGAAAUGGUUUUGUAUCUCUCUCUAGAGCACCAACUUAAAAUUAACAACGAGACUAUGGUUUUAUAUGAUAAGUCCAUGAAUGUAAUUAGUCAUUUCCCAACCUACGGAGAUGAAAGAGAUACCGAAAAGGAUGUUAAUCAAAAUGCAAACAUUACAAACAACCAAAAUAAUAGUACGGAAAAUAAGCUUAGAAACAAUGAAAAUAAAAGACGUUUACAGCAGCUAAAACAGCAUGAAUAUUAUAAUUAUACAUCUACAUCAGAGUGGAACCAUAAGCCAGAAAUUGUUAAUAACAUUAUUCCAACAUACUAUCCUAGGAAUCCGUACGUUCCACCAUAUGGAAAUCCCUAUUACUUUGCCCCAAAUAUAUUAGUUCCAUAUGUAUAUAUUUAUUAA